AUGGUAAGGCUGUAUAACAGGAAAGCCACCACAAAAAGUUGCCUUAUUAAAAUUGAUCUAAGAAAAGCAUAUGACACAGUCGAAUGGGAGUUUGCAAAAGAUAUGUUGUAUGGUUUGAACUUUCCAGUUAAGUUAAUCAAACUCUUAAUGGAGUGCAUUACAUCUACGAAGUACACCAUUGCCCUAAAUGGUGGAGUAUAUGGAGCGAUAAAAGGGAAAAGAGGACUGAGACAAGGGGACACAAUAUCCCCUUUGAUUUUUGUCCUCUGUAUGGAUUGGGUGGCUGAUCAAGAGGGAUUUACAUUCCAUACCAAGUGCAGAAGUCUGAGACUCAGCCAUCUAUGCUUUGCAGAUGAUAUGCUUUUAUUCUGCAAAGGAGAAUUUGAAUCAGUGGUGCUUAUGCUUUGUGGAUUGAAAACUUUCUCGGAUGCAUCUGGUUUGUGUACAAAUGCUAUCAAGUAUUUACUCGGUGAAUAUAAAUACGCAGGGGUCCCUAUAUCUGCAAAAAAGCUUACAUCAAUGGAUUGUGAAGUCUUAUUGGACAAGAUGACCAGCCGAAUCAAAACUUGGGGAACCAGGAACCUAUCCUAUGCUGGCAGGGUACAAUUAGUCAAUUCAGUACUAAUGCACGUACAUACAUAUUGGUCUUUUAUCUUCUUAUUACCAAAGAAGGUGUUAAAAGGUAUUACAGCAGUUUGUAGGAAUUUCAUAUGGGGUGGAGCAGUACACAUAAAUAAACCUCCUCUAGUAGCAUGGGAUGUGGUAUGCAAAGCCAAAAAGGAGGGAGGACUGAGCAUAAUUGAUAGUAUUGUGUGGAAUGAGGCUGCAAUUGCAAAGUAUGUCUGGAAUGUGGCGUGCAAUGCGGAUAACCUAUGGGUGAAAUGGGUGGAUCAUGUAUACAUAAAGGGGCUAAAUUGGUGGCAAUAUCAACCACCCCAAGAUUGUUGUUGGUAUUGGAGGAAAUAUGCUCAAUUUAAGAGAGAUUUCGAGGAGGAUACGUACAGAAUCAUUGGAUAA